AUGGCUGCUUUGACAACCGCCCGCGGCGUCCGCCUCUCGUACUUGCGCCACUUUAUCAACGAGCAUGGCGGCGAGGCCAGCUUUCUCGGCAAGACGACAGCCCACGUCUGCUUCGAGUACGUCGUGCCAAUGACCAAACCAUCCGAGCUCUCGCUCGUCGACCACGUCGCCAACGACCCAAUGACCGCUUCGUUCGUUGGCCCGGCCAACUGGUAUGUCUCGCAUGCCUGGAUGUACCUCUUCUUGGAGACCGUCGACAGCCUCGAGCGCUUCUUCGCCGACCGAGAUCUCAGUGACGACGCGGUCAUUUGGUUUUGCGUCUUCAACAACAACCAGCACCUCGCGAGCUCGUACCCGUUCGAGUACUGGUCGUCAACGUUCAAGAACGGUCUCGCAGCCAUCGGCAACGUGGUCAUGAUCAUGCACCCGUGGAACGACCCGAUCGUGCUUCGUCGAAGCUGGUGCGUGUUUGAGGUCUACGUCGCAGUGACACUGGGCGCGCGCUUUGAGAUUGCACUGGCGCAUGAUCAAGAAGCCACGUUUCUCGAUGACAUUGCAGACUUUGACGCGUUCAACAAGAUGCUGGCGACGAUCAAGAGCGAGGACUCGGAGGCGACCGUGGCUUCGGAUCGCGACGGUAUUUUCGAGCUCAUUCGCACCGAGACGUCGUUCAUCGCCGUCGACCAGCUCAUUUUUACAACGUUGACCAGCUGGAUCAAGAUGACGCUCGAGGCAUCGAUCGCAGCCUCUUCGUCGUCUCUCGAGACGGCCAAGCGCUGGAAGCAGCUCGGUACCGUCCACGACUGCUUCAACGAGUACGCUCAAAGCGAGCAGUGUUACCAAACGGCGUUGCGAACCUUGACUUUGCAAGCCGCUGGCAUGGUCGAUGCGGACACGCUGCUGCUGGAGGCCCUUGUUGCGUCGGCGAUGGCGUUCCAGCACCAAGCCUCGUGGAAGCCGCGUUUUCGGUCGACACUCGCUGCGGCCAUCGCGCAUCUGGGCGAGACGCACCCGACGACGCAGGCGACGCGCAGCCAGUAUGUGCAAUCUCUGGUUUACAACGCUGUCUACGCAGAGGCAUUGCCGUUGGCCCUCGACGACUUCAACGUCCGGCGAUCGCAAUACGGUUUGUUCGAUUGGCGCACGGCCAAGGCCAUGACAGAGGUCGGCAAGAUCUACUCGGACCUCGCCGAGCCCCGACGCGCAGCGCGCUGGCUCCGAAAAGCACACACCAUCCAAGAUGCGCACUUGGGUACUGACCACGCGGACACGACGACAACGAAGUUUGCACUUGUCAUGAUGCUCGUGCAAAUUGGCGAGAGCGCGGCGGCCCUCGCGCUCGCGACCUCCAUAGCGUCGUCGCGCGAACGCACGCACGGCGCGGACCAUCCGUACACGCUCGCGUGUCGAUUGAACCUCAUUGCGUGCUUGCUUGUGACGGGCGAUGCCGCAACGGCAAUCCCUCUGCUGCUGACGGUGAAGACAGCGUUUGAAGCGCACCACGCUCAGCACCAGCUCUUGAUGGUGCACCUCGACCUCGGUGUCGCGUACGGCAUCCAGUCCAAUUGGGACGCCGCGCUUGCGUAUUACCGCCGCGCGUUUUCCGAUGUCCCGUGCAAAGCCAGCGCGUGGCUACUCUACAGUUUUGCGGUCCACACGCCGCUUGACGAUUGGACAAUUGUCCGCGACUAUGUUCUGUCGGCUACCGACGACGCCCCCGAGACGUGGCCCUUGAGCUGCAUGGUGUGCUUCAAGCCCAUCGUUGGCAGCGUCGUGGCCUGCACCGCCUGUCCCCAUGGCGUUGUCAAGUGUUGUACGAGCUGCUACGACCAGCGGCCGUCCCGACUGCAGCGCUGCUGUCCGCACGACCUCCACAAAGCAAAGCGGACACGGACGGUGCCACCGCGUCGGUUCUUCUACGAAGAAGCGCUUCGUGUAGACAAUGCUUCCAUCAACGACAUCACCCAGCGCGUGCAUUCGUACGAGAGCUACUGCAGCACGCACAACGUAUCGGCAAGCGAGCGCAUGGUGGUGGCAUCGAUGCCGCGUUUGAAUCGCAGCUGGCACCCGAUGCUCUAAGCAAACAACG